GAAGGGGAGCGCAAAAUGAUGAUGGCGGCGGCGCCGUCCGAGGAGGAGGAAGAGCACGAGGCGGGCUGGGAUGCCUUCCUGGACAGGUUCCGCGGCCCCGAGCGCUACGCGGGCGCCCUCAGCCCCGAGAACUGGGAGCAGGAAUUUGACCAGAUCCCAAUGUUCAUGAAGAAAGCUCCUGCUGAAAUAGAUCCUAAGCAGAAUCCUGACCUUGCUUGUCUUCAGUCUAUUAUUUCUGAUGAAGACCAAACACUUGAAGCCCAGACCUAUAAGAAUGAGGGCAAUGAUUAUUUCAAGGAAAAGGAUUAUAAGAAGGCUGUGAUAUCCUAUUCAGAAGGACUGAAAAAGAAGUGCAGUGACCUGGAAUUGAAUACUGUUCUUCAUACAAACAGAGCUGCAGCCCAGUUUUAUUUGGGUAACUUUCGCUCUGCUCUCAGUGAUGCUAUCGCAGCAAGAAGACUGAAACCCAAUCACCUCAAGGCAAUUACAAGGGGAGCACUGUGCCAUUUGGAACUUAAACACUUCUCUGAAGCCAUAACAUGGUGCGAGGAAGGAUUGAGAAUAGAUCCAAAAGAAAAGAAACUUCUGGAAACAAGAGCUAAAGCUGAUAAACUAAAGCGCACUGAAGAGAGGGAUUUCAGAAAAGCUAAACUGCAGGAGAAGAGGGAACAGUCUCGGAAGGAGGCCUUACUCAAAGCUAUCAAGGAUCGGAACAUCAAAUUGUCUCCAGCAUCCUCUAAGGAAGACACAACUAUGUCAGCAGACCUGGCUGAGAUGUCUUUAGAUGGACUUGGCUCAGAAAAUAAUAUCGGUGCCAAAGUCUGUUUAGAUGAGAAUGGCAGCCUAACCUGGCCUGUGCUGUUCCUGUAUCCUGAGCAUGGGCAAACUGACUUCAUCUCCUCUUUUCAUGAAGAAUCGAGAUUUAUUGACCACUUAAUGGUCAUGUUUGAAGAACUACCUCCCUGGGAUGUAGAAAAGAAAUAUAUUCCUAGUGAACUGGAGCUGUAUUUUGAGGACGAAGUAAAAGGAGAGAUAUACCAGAUAGACACGGAAACCACAUUGCUGCAAGCGCUGCAGCACCGAAGGUACUUCAUAAAAGCUGGGACUCCUACCUUUUUUGUUUUGGUCAAACUUGCACCUUUCUCUAAAAACUACUUCUUUGGGAAGAAGGUCCACCGGUUAAAGUGAAUGAACUUUUUUUUUUGGAGGGGGGGAGGAAAAUACAACACAUAAUGGAACAAGACCUCUUUAGAUUUAUAAAUUGAAAGAUGGAACAUUUUGUACACAUGUAUCCUCUUCUACAACAAUUGAGAUGGCAAAUUUCCUAAUCCUAACCACAGAAACUGCACCUGAACUUCUAUAUAAUUUGGGUGAAUAAGCAUUGUUCACAGAUCCUUAAAAGUGAAGGAACAGAACAAAACUGGGCAUACGUUAAGUAGAAAACCUCACCCUCAACUGUCAAAGGCAGUAUAUCUCCAAAUACCAGUUGCAGAGUAUCACAGAUGGGGAGAAUGCUGUGGCACUUGGGUCCUGCAUGCAGGCUUCUCACACGUAUCUGCUUGGGCACUGUGGAUUUUUCACCUGAUCCAGCAGGGCUCCUGUUAUGUUAUUCACCUAGAUAUUUAAUACACUGAGUUUUGCUUGAGAGAAACAGAUUCCCCCCCUGGAGAUCUGAUUAGUUAUUGAAGCAUCCAAUUUGCUAUAUACCGUGUUAAAUCUCAAUGGGGCUUCUACUUGCAGCUUGGGGCAACACAGUAUAACUUUGCAGAUUUAAGUGCCAUAAAAUAAGUGUAUCUGGGGGUCAGGGAGCAUACUUGCAUUCAAUGCUAUGCAAGCACAGCUAACAAUUCUGUUUUAGGAAUAGUUAGAAUGUGUGGGGGACCCCUAAAUGCCUGCCACCUGUUGUUACUUUUCCAAUAGAUUCAUACAGAGCGUUCGCCUGCUCAAUAGGCACAGAGAUUAAACCACAGUUGCGAUUUAUUCA